AUGGACGCCAGAGACUAUUCAGGAUCUAUGUAUCCUCCACAAGAGCCUGGCCAAGACAUGGGCAACAUGGCUUACAUGGUACCACCGUCGCAGUUCGGCUUUGCCAACAUGUAUAUGGAUAUGAACGGCUACAGCGCACCUGCAGGACAUUAUCCACCCUAUCCUAUGGCUAUUUAUGCUCCUACUAUGGACGCCAUGGCACAUCAACAGCCUCAUCCUCCGCAGCCAAAGAAAAAGAUGACUUUCAACAAGAACGCAAACUUCAAACCUAAUGCAUUCAAUAACUACAUACCAAUGAAUGCAAAUGUUCCAAACAUCUCUCCAGGCUCUUCCAAAUCUUCGGAAAAGGGUUUGGAAUACAGAUUCGAGGUUGGCAAUGCGACUUAUUUCAAUAGCGAAGCUUUGAAAGAAAGCUACCCCAUCUACAUUAACACAAACUUCGCAGAGUUUUCAAGGGCGAAAUCAACAAUGGAAGAAUUAAGAAAGAGCUACUCCAACUUCAAAACAGCAACCGUUGCUAAUGAACCUAAUUCUGUGACUGAAGAGACUAGGGAGAGUGAACCUCAAAGAGAAGCAAAUGGAGAGCCUAUUCCGAAAACCGAAGUUAACUCUUCAAAAGAAGUAGAAUCUAUUUCUGCUUCAGAGGAAAAAGUCGAAGAAAAGGUUCUGAAGUCAACUGAAUAUCAGACAUCAUCGGAUCCGACGGCUCCUCCAAGAUCAAAUACAGCUUCGCCAACACCCACCAAAUCCUCAGUUUCACCAAAGCCCGCUCAGACGCUUCCCGUAAAAUCUUGGUCAAAACUUGCAGCCGGUAGUUUAGGUAAACCAAAACAACAGCUGGCGGUGACAAAUCUAGCCUCAAAGAAAGGAAAGAAAUAUGUUCCCCCCUCGGUGAAAAGUCCUGAGCCUUUAGGAUCUGUGGCCCUAAGAGUUUGUUUCGACAAGAAUUUUACUAAUCACACUCUUCAGAGUACCAAAGCGAAAAAGCUGAUCACUGAAUUAGUACCAAGAGGUAUCUACAAUAAAGGUAGUAUAUGCUUCAUUUCUUCAGUUUUACAACUGUUGAUUCAUUGUCGGAGUUUUGUAAACCUUUUAAAUGUGAUUCAUACCACCACCGUCAGUCGAACAAAUUCAGUUUCACCACUACUAAAUGCUUGUAUGGAUGUAUUCAAACGUUUUGAUAGAGAGACAAUCGUUAAUGAACUAAAUGAAACAAGGGAAAAUUCAAAGACAAAGUCGAAAUCUUCAAACUUGAAUGAAAACAUCAUUUCGAUAGACCCAGAACCUUUCUAUAAGUCAAUUUCAACCCUCCCAAAGUUUAAAGAUUUAACAUGGGGACGUCAAGAAGAUGCUGAAGAGUUCUUAACCCAUAUGUUGGACCAACUUCAUGAGGAGUUCAUCGGAAGUAUCAAUACUCUAAAUAGCAACGACAUCUUGAAUAUUUUCCAAAGUUUGCAGGAAGAUGACCAGAAGGUGUUCUUCUUAAAGUAUAUUUCAAAGUACAAAAGCGCUUCUUUCGCUGAGAAACCUGAACAAUCAUUGAAGGCACUAUUUGAGAAAUAUAAGCAAACUAAUGAUUUAAGUGAUGAAGAAGAUAAAGAGUGGAAGGAAGUAAGUAAGAAAGGAAAAAAAUCCAAGAAUGCAUCGAAGCGAAUCACCGAGGUGGAAUCAAGUCCGAUUUCAACAAUUUUCGGUGGACAAUUCCGCUCUGUACUCGAUACACCUCAAAACAAAGAGUCUCAAUCAAUUACUUAUGAUCCGUUUCAAACUAUCCAGCUAGAUAUUUCUAGCCCAGAUGUUAUUGACUUAGAAUCUGCUUUCAAGAAGUUUAGCGAACAAGAAUCAAUUGAAUUGAAGAGCUCAUCUGGCAAUGACGUAGAAGCUAAGAAACACACGUGUAUUGAUAAGCUCCCACAAGCUCUUUUAAUACAAUUCAAAAGAUUCUCAUUCGUUUCACAAUCAUCAAAAAAUGACUUGAGUAAUUACAACUCUUUCAAUGGGCGUAUCGAGAAGAUUAGAAAAAUGGUGAAAUAUAAUCAUGAAUUGACAAUUCCUAAGGAGUCAAUCUCUCCAAAUCUUGUUUCAACAAGCAAUUCCGAGGAAAGCUUCAAAUAUUACUUGAGUGGUGUGAUAUAUCACCAUGGUGUUUCUCCUAGUGGAGGUCAUUAUACUUGCGAUGUUUACGAUAAAGAUCUGGACAAAUGGUAUAGAAUUGACGAUGUCAAUGUUGAUGAGAUUAAAAACAAAGAGGACAUCCUAAGAAGUGGUGACAGUGCCUCUGAUUCAAGAACAGCGUAUAUCUUAUUGUACGAAAAGUCCAGUUAA